UGCCACGGCCUUUGAAACGCUAUAUAAAGUGACAAACUUCCUCGGUGACUUGGUAUUAGCGUUAACACGAUAUCACGAUACAACCGGCUGUCGCUUUCGUUGGUUCUUGGACUCGGUCUACGUGGAGUAACGAACGAAAUAAUAUCACGAAUAUUAUCACGAUAACAUCUCAACAAUAUCAGUCAUCUGAGGAGGUUGAUCAAUCAUUAAUAUGAAACGUCUCGUCGGGCUAAUAUGUAUAAUAUUAAUUAUGAAUCUUCGAGAUUCUACGGCUCUUCGAAUGGGAUCAACGGAUUACGAAGACAUGUCCUUCUGGAUGAAGUCCGGACAAGAGACUCUUCAAAGGAUCUUGGCUCAUCGAGAUAUCGAGAAACGUGCGAAAAAUGUGAUUAUAUUUAUCGGCGAUGGAAUGGGCUUUAGCACUAUAACAUCUGGCCGAAUUUGGACGGGACAGUCGAAGGGUUACUCCGGCGAAGAAUACAAACUCGUUUUUGAGAAUUUCCCCAGUACUGGCCUUUCCAAGACAUACAACGUUGAUAUGCAAGUACCAGAUUCAGCAGGCACAGCCACGGCGAUGUUUUCCGGUGUAAAAUGCCGAUAUCGUGUUAUCGGAUACGAUGCUAAUGCACAUUACAAUCAUUGCGAUAUAGCGAUCAAUCAAUUGAGUAAAUUAACCACAAUCGCUGAUUGGGCUCAGGAAAGUGAUAUGGAUACAGGUUUCGUCACUACGACUCGUGUCACUCAUGCUACUCCAGCUGGACUCUAUGCUCACGUGAAUAAUCGUGAUUGGGAAUGCGAUACAGAGAUUCCACAGCAGUAUCGAGAAUGCACAAAAGAUAUAGCGAGGCAGCUUGUCGAGGAUGCACCAGGAAAUGGUUUGAAGGUGAUAAUGGGCGGAGGAGCUCAACAUAUGGGGAUGACUGCACGAAAGUUCGACAAAGGUACCUGUGUCAGAAACGACGGUAGGAAUUUGGCUGAGACCUGGUUGCAAAAUAAUCCGGACGGGAAGCUGGUAACUGACCAAGACGAACUUAUGUCUGUAGACAUUGGGAGUACCAGUAAGAUCAUGGGAAUCUUUGCACCUAGUCACUUGCCUUAUCGCGCAGAAGAGAAUAAGUCCGUUCCGUCCUUAGCUAACAUGACGAUGCAAGCUAUUAGAUUGCUGAGAAAAAAUAAAAAUGGAUUUAUUCUGAUGGUCGAAGGUGGAAAAAUUGACAUAGCUCAUCAUCAAAAUUAUGCACAAUUGGCACUUCGCGAACUAUCCGAAUUCGAAGAUGCUGUGAACGUUGCUUUAAAACAAGUCAAAUUGGACGAGACUUUGAUAAUAGUUACUGCUGAUCAUUCUCAUUCUUUCACGAUGAAUGGCUAUCCUGAUAGAGGCAACGACAUACUUGGUUUAGCAAAUAACAUAGCUAAUACGGAUAAUCAAAGAUACGAAACACUUAGCUAUGCUAAUGGUCCAGGCUUUUUUUAUCAUCGUCGAAAUGACAGUGAAAGUGUUAACGAUACUUGGAAAAAUUUGGAAGAGGACAACAAUCGUGAUAAUAUAUUUUACAGGCAUAUGGCUGCUCAGUACCUGAAAGACGAUACACAUGGCGGCGAAGACGUUGGAGUUUACGCUAUUGGUCCUUACUCCCAUCUCUUUCGCAGUACAUUCGAACAAAACUAUAUAGCUCAUGUGAUAGCUUACGCUGCUUGUUUUAAAGACUGGCCAUCGCACUGUGAUAGCGCGUACAAUCGAUACUUUUAUGAAUUAUCGAACACAAGAGGACGAUCAACGGCGUCUAAUUUCGUUCCUACCUACACGAUAUUCCUGAUACUCAUUUUCAUGUCAAUUUUCAUGUCAAUUUUCAUGAGGCCUUGAUAAACAAUUAACUCCCUCGCUCAUAGCAAUCAGCACAGUGUACAACAUUUUUCUCCAUUCAAAAUAUUAUAUAAUAUAUCGACGAAUUUUUUAGAUUCUUUUAUCAAGAAAUUAACGAACGAAAUUUUUGCGAACAUUUUUCAUGGGUUUACCUCAAAGUUGAAAAUAAGUAAUUGUUUGUAAGCAAUUGUAAAUAAGAAAGAAUUUUUUAUUUGAUCUCUCUCUCUCUCUCUCUCUCUCUCUCUAUGACAUAGGAGAAAAAUGUUAGAGACGAUACUAUUGCUGAUUCUAUGCAAGUAAAAUUCAUACAACGAGGUCAAAUAUCUACAUUGUGAUAGUUAUAUUGUUAAUAUAUGUAAUAUUUAUUAAACGGUACUGAUCGCGCGCGCACUCGCGCGUUUCUGUGUUUUCAACUUGUAUGUAUUAUAUUUUUUAACAUAGUUUUAUAGUAUAAGAGAAAACGGAGAAUUUUUAUUUUUAUUACCGUUGCACACAUGCGCAACAUUCGAAAUAUGAUAUAAACAACAUUGCAAUAAAAGUAUUAUUAAAUGGUUCACAGUCUGAAGGUGAAUUUCGAAGAGUUCGAAUACUCCGAACAUAUAUUCUGUACUUU